AUGGGUCCCUUGGCGUUACCCUUGUCGACCGGCAAACGCUCUCUCAGAUCCAGACGCGAUAGGAACAUCUUCGCUUCCGUCGCUUAUGGCCAGAUCUCAGGCAGAAGUAUUAUGAGCAUCCGCCGCCUUCCGAAGCCUUUGUAUCAAAGGCUCUACGCGUUGUCUCAUGGCAUGGCUGGCUUAUGCAAGGAUGUCGAAUCGCACUUUCUGGCGAACGAUCUAGAAGCGUGCCGAAGUGUGAUUGGCCGGAUUUUCCGCAACAUCGGGGAGUCUUCGAGUGGCAACCAGCAGAGCAGUCGCGACUGGUUCGUUUACUGCGGAGGUGACACCCUCUUCAUCCGCAUUCUCUCCUCGCCGUUUGCGAAUCCUCGCGAAACAGAUCGCGAAGGAGUCUCUUCAGCAGCUACUGAAAGACAGGGAGGCGCUGCUGGAGCGGGAGCGGCAUCUGGCGGAGGGGGAAGAGCUGGCGGGGGGUCGCGGAACCGCCGUGGAAUUUUCCGCACGGAGAGCGCAGACGGAUCGCGGGAGUCGGGGACGCUCCGAGAGGGGGAUGCGUCGCGGGAGGAGACGGCGCUAUGGAUGAUGCGCAACGACUGCCUGGCGGUGCUGCGCGAGAUGUGCUUCGCGUCCGCGUGCUUCUCCGAGGGGCUGUCGGUGCAGCGGCACUUCCUCAUCCGCCUCUUCGCGCUCAUGGAGAAUAAAAUCACCUUCGACUACGCCGUCGCGUUAGCGGAGGAGAUACUGGCGGUGGGGGAGGAGACGCUGGAUCUGGGGUCGGUGCCCAACUUCGCGCGGCUGGUGCGCGGGCUGUCGGCGCGGCAGCUGUCCUUCUUCUGCCGCGUGCUCGCUAUGGUGGUCUUCGAACCCGAGGACCGCGCGCCCGAGGUCUCCGCGCUGCAGAAGGGCGCGGACCCGGCGGAGCGCGCGGAGCGGGAGGCGGAGUGGGCGGUGGCGGACGGCAAUCACGACGUGCUGCUCGCCAUCCCCGACAUCCUCGCCAACCUCGUCAAGCUCCUUCAGAUGGAGAGCAGCGGCGAGGCGGACCUGUGGUCGCCCAGCCUGAGCGAGUGGCAACCGCUGCUGGGCGACCUCAUGGCUGGCGAAGACGAGACCGCUGCUGACUGGGGGCCUGAAGAGGACGACGAGGAGGACUAUAACGAGGACGGGGAGGAGUACGAGGAGGAGGAGCAGGAUGAGGGAGAUGAGGAGGUGGAGGAGGAGGUUGAUAUGGAGGACGAGGUUGUGGAGGCAGAGGCAGAGGAGGGGGAGGGAGAGGAGGGGGAGGGAGAGGAGGGGGAGGGAGAGGAGGCGGAGGGAGAGGAGGGGGAGGAAGGGGAAGAGUCUGGUUUCUACGAGGAUGUGGAGGAGGAGAUUGCAGGGGGGGACGAGGAGGAGGGCGGGGAGGGGGGAGAAGUAGAGGAGGAGGAGGAAGUGCGCGGAGGGGGGAACAUGAGUGGGGGCGAGAGGCAGGGGCCCAGGUUGGGGAGGCUGUGGGGGGGAGGGGAUGGUGCGGAGAGGACGGGAGGUGCGAGGGAGAGGAGGGAGAGCGCGGGUGGGGGUGCGGCUGCAGGCGCGAUUCAUUUCAUCCAGGGCUUGUUCGGCUGGGGAACCGGCGAUGCUGGUGCUAGCACCCAUAGCACUAGCGGUGGCAGUGGCGGUAGUGGGGGAGGGAGGGAGGCGGAAGGGAAUGGGAGGGGUAGAGGCGCGGCACAAGGUGCUUCGGAAGGCGCUGGCGCAGGGGAAGACGGCGGAGAUGGUGCGGCACAAGCCUCUGGCGCUGCAGGCAGGCAGGCCAGCAGGGGGAAUCUCUGGGGAGGGUUCGGGCUGUUUGGGGGGCUAGGGGGACUUCGCCCAGGGGGAACAGGCGGUGCGGGAGGACCAGCGCGGGAGGGCGGGGCAGGGGAAGGAGGAGAGGAGCAAGAGCCUGGUCCGGAUGGUGGUGGUAGUGCUGUGGCUGUCAGUCAACGGCGAACUGGUGCUGCUGCACCUGCGGCAGGAGUGGCGCCACGCGGAGCAGCAGAUACCACCCAAGGGCCCUUCUCCCCGCGUUCGCCUCCUGUUGCCGCUCCUCCCCCCCGCAUGCCGCCACUCCUCCCCCCCUCCCCCCAUGCUGCCGUGCUGCCCUUCUCCCCACAUCCCGCCAUCCUCACAGGAACCUCCACCUCCCCCCCUCGACCGCCCCCUAACCGCACUCCACCCACUGCUACCCAACCAGGAGCGCUUCCCCAAGUGAAUACCAUAGGCAUUCCAAUGACCCCCAAUCCCCUGAACCUGCUCCCACUCACCGCGCCUGCCAACCCCGCCGCUGCUGCAACCGCCGCGGAGGCAGCUGGCGCGGGUCUUCCUGCAGGCGCGCGGGUGAUGGUGUUCGUGGGGAACCCGCCGCGCCUGCUGGGGGAGGUGCCUGAGGGCGAGCUGGAGCCCUUCCUGCGCGCGCUGCCCCAGGGCGCGGUUACGGUUCUCAGGGCUGGCGAAAUCGGGUUACCAGAGGGCGCGGGGCCUGCUGCUGUGGCGACGAACAUGGCGGCCUCGUUUAUGGAGCAGCAGGUGAGCGCUGGGGGGGUGACUAGGAGGCUGGGCACUGGUAGGGCAUCGCAUGGGAUGGCAUGCAGGGAAUAUUGUGGAAGGCAUGGUACUGCAUGGCAUGUGCAACAGUUUGUGUUCUGCUUCAUGCCUGGUCAGCAGGUGGAGGUGCUAUUCGUGCUGUGUGCGCUGUGUGGGGGCAAGCGCAAGGAGACAGUACAGGACCAGCUGGCGGCGCUGGGGCUGGUGGCCAUCCUCGUGGACUCGUUUGACCGCCUCAACUGGUCCGCUCCCCUGCCACCCCCCGCUGAGCCGCACGGCAUCCACGGGCCCGGCUGCUCCUGCAACCCCGAGUCGGCCCUGAAGAUCCAGUACCUGCGUCUGAUCCACAACUUCUGCGACCGAGACGGCCCCAACCUGCACAACAAGCUGCUCCUCGCCUCGCCCGGUGGUGUACCUCCGCCCCUCGCUGCUGCUGCUGCUGCUACACCACCCAGGAUCUCUGGGUCUGGUCUCGCUGCAAGUGCUAUCGCCCCUGGGAGUAUGACAGCUGGUGAUGGUGCCGGUGCUGGUGGUGGUGGGGCGAGCAUCAGUAGUUUCGGCAGUGGUGGCAGUAGCAGUUCCAGCGGCAUGCUCAUGAAGGAGUCGGCCGACUCCGUGUACCGCUUCUGGCUCGCCUCCUGUGUCGAGGCCUUCCUGCGAGGCUCCAACCCGCGCGACCAGCACCUGGUGGCGGCCACGGGCCUCAUGGAGCACCUCGUGGAGGAGAUUCUCCGAGGGGCGUCGGGCUUUAAGUGUGCGGCGUCGCUGCAGAUCGACUUUGACCUGCUGGGCGAGCUCGUCAAGUUCAACCCGGUGUUGUUCCGUCGCCUGGCGGCGCUGGUGCAGGGCGAGCGGUUCAGCCGGUUCAUAGAGGUGCUGGUGGCGCACCUGGUGGACUCCAACGUCUUCAUCCGCUCCGUCAUGCUCUCCCUCCACGCCUUCCGCACCGGCCUCCCCACGCCGCCCUACCUCGGACCCUGCCCCACGCCCGCGCUCCCUCCUCCUGUGCUGUCCCCCGCCCUCCCUUCCACGUCCGCUGCUCCCUCUGCUGGUUCCUCGUUAGUUGCGUCCUCCUCCAAGCCCCCCUCCUCAAGCCCUGCGCCCGCCCUGCAGUCAUCUUCAGCUGGGGAAGAGGAGGCAAGGAAGGAAUCUGGACUUGCUGAUGGUGGUGGUGAUGCUGAUGCUGCGGUGGUGGGGGAGGAGGAGGAGGAGCUGGCGUCGCCCCUGGCAGCAUUCAUGGAGUGCAACUCGGUGCUGCUGCUGCGCGACCUCAUGCUCGUCGUGCGCCUAGGGGACAUCAACCAGGACAACAUAUUUCUCCACCAACAUUCCCUUCACCGAGUGGCUCCGAGUGGUCGAGAUGCUUUGCGCACCGCCCGACUGCCCGACAUCGCUUUUGUACUCCCCGCCACUGCCAGCUAG